AUGCUGCAGGCACUUACUGGACUACAGUUUCAGCUCAGAGGAAAGCUACAGGAUCAAAAGUGGCCAGACAAGCACCCUCGAGAAGAAGCCCAUGCACAUUAUUCAGAGUGUCAUAUGCCAGUUUCACAGUAUCCUGCGUUCAAUGGAUUUUUUCCAAUGGGAACACACUUUUCAUCAGACAAAGCUCCAGCAAUCUCAGAGGUACAAACACACUUGGAAAAUCAGUCUAGAUACCACAUACAGCAGAGCCAGAGGCACCAGGUGAAGCAGUACCUGACCCUCGACACCAAGCUGUCCAGCCAGGCGCUGUCGCACGCAGCGCAGCCGCUGGGGGUGGCCUCCAUCCUGCGGGGCGGCCCCAUGGCCCCCGCCAGCGCCGGGGACAGCCCGGUCACCAAGCUGCUGGCCCUCGGGGGCCAACACGAGAAUGCGAUGGAAGAAGUUAUUGAAGACAUAAUCAAUAUGGAAUCAAAUUUUAAUGAUGAAGGGAUAGGUUGUUCUGAAACUCCUUUACUAAUGCAAAGAACUCUAUCUAGCAGCAUUUUGGAUAUAUAUAACAGUGACCAGGGAAUGGCACCAGCUAAUAUGGGUCUCACAAAUGCUUCUUGCCCAGCUAAUCUACCAGUAAAAAGGGAGCUCACAGAAGCAGAUACAAGAGCAAUGGCAAAGGAGAGACAAAAAAAGGAUAACCACAAUCUCAUUGAGAGAAGAAGAAGGUAUAAUAUUAAUUACCGAAUCAAGGAGCUUGGCACACUCAUCCCCAAGUCUAAUGAUCCUGAUAUGCGCUGGAACAAAGGAACUAUUUUAAAAGCAUCGGUGGAGUACAUCAAGUGGCUACAAAAAGAACAACAGAGAGCCAGAGAAUUAGAACACAGGCAGAAGAAAUUAGAGCAUGCUAACAGAAGACUUCUGCUCCGAAUUCAGGAAUUGGAGAUCCAGGCACGUGCACACGGCCUUCCAGUCAUGUCUUCGCUCAGUGCUGUCGAUUUAGCCGCACAAGUCAUCAAGCAACAGUCUUAUCCAGAGGAGAACUCUGUAGACUACUCUCAACAAAUGCCUCUGGUACAUGGACAAAAUUCUGAUGUCUGCGAUGGAUCUACAGCCUUUUCUGAUCCCCUUUCUCACUUCACGGAUUUGUCCUUCAGCGCAGCUUUAAAAGAAGAACAACGACUAGAGGAAAUUUUAUUGGACGACACAGUGUCACCAUUUGGAACAGACCCACUCUUGUCCUCCACAUCUCCAGCUGCAUCAAAAGAGAGCAGCAGGAGAAGCAGCUUUAGCACAGAUGAUGGAGAUGAUUUAUAA